AUUGAAGAUUAGGAUGUGAACUUCUGGUCAGCUAAAUACCAAAGUCAUUUUUUCGUUUGCAUUUCAGCGCCACUGUUUUUGAACUUUUGGAAGGUUUUUCGGUCGCUUACAUCUGCUACCUAUCAAUAUUUUAUCCGAGCUGGGUCUGAUAUCAUUUGUACAUCAAUGGGAAAAGUCAAAGUGGGUAUUAUCGGAGGGUCUGGAAUGAAUGACCCGAAUAUUCUGGAACAUUCAAGUGAACGUGUGGUAACAACCACAUUCGGUGACCCAUCGGACAGCAUUAUUGAAGGCAUGAUAGGCCGCGUUCCUUGUGCAGUUCUUCCAAGACACGGAAGGAAACACUCAAUUAUUCCGAGUGAUAUCAAUUACCGUGCUAAUAUUUGGGCACUGAAAACUCUCGGCUGCACGCACAUACUCGCCUCAACAGCAUCCGGUGGUUUGCAAGAUUACACGCAACCUGGUGACUUCCUCAUCCUAGAUCAAUUUCUGGACUUCUCUCGGGGACGUGAACAGACAUUUUAUGGCGGCAAGCGUCCGGUGUUUGAAGGUGUGUUACAUACACCAAUGGGAAAACCGUUCUGCGAAAAGACGCGCCAGGUGCUCAUUGAUGCAGCCAAAGCCACGUCGCUUACCAUCUGUGACCGUGACCAAGGCCCACCUGCGGAAACUGUCCACCCUUGUGUUCACACACGUGGUUCCGCGGUCACGAUUAAUGGACCACGUUUCUCAACUCAGUUGGAAUCCAAAAUCUUUCGUAAUUUUGGGAUUGACAUCGUGAACAUGACCCUCGUUCCUGAGGUUUCGCUCGCCCGCGAGGCCGCAAUGAGCUAUGCAUCAGUUGCUAUAGUCACUGAUUACGACUGUUGGAAACAUGAGGAGCAGGAGGUAUGCGUUAGCACCGUUCUGGAAGCAUUCAAGAAGUCCGCAGAAAAAGUGAAACAAAUGCUCGUUAAAGCAGUUGAAAUAAUUGGAGAGCGUGAUUGGACCGCAGUCAUAGAAGCAAAUGAGCGUUUGGUUGCUACAAGUCGACAGGACCUUCUCCACACCUCGGACAGCAAAACUGGUUAACUGGUUGACAGGAACUCUGUCUUGCUUUUUCGUUUCACUUUUAUGAGCGCCAGUAAUCCACCGCAAUUUGUACGGGAGUUUUCUGAGUGAUAUUCGUUUGCAGUACAUAAAGAUGUUAUUUCGUUGUUAGCUUUUUUGCCAUUGAAAAAACAUAGUAAAU